GACCAACGUGGAUCGAGAAGUCAGCGCUCUCAGGAGGCCGACAAUUUUGUUGAAGAAAGAAGUGGAAGAAAAAAAUACAACCGUGACGAGUUUGGGAAAGAUUUUACUGUGAAAGCUUCCCUAAAAAUGCAUCAGGUCAUCCACACCGGAGAGAGAGCAUUCACCUGUGGAGACUGUGGAAAGUCUUUUACUGAGUCUGGAAGCUUAAAAACACACAAACUCAUCCACAGCGGAGAGAGACCGUUCAGCUGUGACGAGUGUGGAAAGUCUUUUACGCAGUCUGGAAAUUUAAAAACACACAAACUCAUCCACAGUGGAGAGAGACCGUUCAGCUGUGACGAGUGUGGAAAGUCUUUUACGCAGUCUGGAAAUUUAAAAACACACAAACUCAUCCACAGUGGAGAGAGACCGUUCAGCUGUGAUGAGUGUGGAAAGUCUUUUACCCACUCUGGAAGCUUAAAAACACACCAACUCAUCCACACCGGAGAGAGACCAUUCAGCUGUGGAGACUGUGGAAAGUCUUUUACCACGUCUGGAAGCUUAAAAACACACCAACUAAUCCACACUGGAGAGAGACCGUUCAGCUGUGGAGACUGUGGAAAGUCUUUUACCCACUCUGGAAGCUUAAAAACACACCAACUCAUCCACACCGGAGAGAGACCAUUCAGCUGUGGAGACUGUGGAAAGUCUUUUACCGAGUCUGGAAACUUAAAAAAACACCAACUAAUCCACACUGGAGAGAGACCGUUCAGCUGUGACAAGUGUGGAAAGUCUUUUACCCACUCUGGAAGCUUAAAAACACACCAACUCAUCCACACCGGAGAGAGACCAUUCAGCUGUGGAGACUGUGGAAAGUCUUUUACCGAGUCUGGAAACUUAAAAAAACACCAACUAAUCCACACUGGAGAGAGACCGUUCAGCUGUGGAGACUGUGGAAAGUCUUUUACCAGGUCUGGAAGCUUAAAAACACACCAACUCAUCCACACCGGAGAGAGACCAUUCAGCUGUGGAGACUGUGGAAAGUCUUUUACCGAGUCUGGAAGCUUAAAAAAACACCAACUAAUCCACACUGGAGAGAGACCGUUCAGCUGUGACGAGUGUGGAAAGUCUUUUACGCUGUCUGGAAGCUUAAAAACACACAAACUCAUCCACAGUGGAGAGAGACCGUUCAGCUGUGAUGAGUGUGGAAAGUCUUUUACCGAGUCUGGAAACUUAAAAACACACAAACUCAUCCACAGUGGAGAGAGACCGUUCAGCUGUGAUGAGUGUGGAAAGUCUUUUACCCACUCUGGAAGCUUAAAAACACACAAACUCAUCCACAGCGGAGAGAGACCGUUCAGCUGUGGAGACUGUGGAAAGUCUUUUACCCAGUCUGGAAGCUUAAAAGAACACCAAUUAAUCCACACUGGAGAGAGACCGUUCAGCUGUGGAGACUGUGGAAAGUCUUUUACGCAGUCUGGACACUUAAAAACACACCAACUCAUCCACAGUGGAGAGAGACCGUUCAGCUGUGACGAGUGUGGAAAGUUUUUUACCACGUCUGGAAGCUUAAAAUCACACCAACUCCUCCACAGUGGAGUUAAAGCGUACACCUGUGAUCAGUGUGGCAGAGCUUUUACUCACAGUAACAGCUUACAGAGUCAUCUAGUUACCCACUCUGGCAUUAAGGCGUACAGCUGUGACAUUUGUGGAAAAACUUUCAGCCGGAUAGGGGGCCGAAAUACACACCUACGCAUUCACACCAGACAUGAUGCGUACAGCUGUGAUCAGUGUGGUAAACAGUUUACUACAAAGACAGAGUUACGACGUCACAUGUUUACCCACACUGAGGAACGACCUUAUAAAUGUGACCUGUGUGAGAAGACUUUUAAAUCUCCACAUUACCUGAAAGCACACCAACAGAUCCACACCAGAAAGACUCUACAAGGGCAGUUACUGUGAGCAGAGCGACACAAAUGGAUCAAGUUCUCAACCCUGUCAUCGCUGUGGGAAAGACUUUUGUUGUGACCUUUGUGGAAAAACUUUAAGUCAUUGAAGGACUCUGAAAAUACAUCAACGUAGACACACUGGAGACAAAAUGAACUACUGUAAAGAAUGCGGGAGAGGCUUCACCACUUCAAAGGACUUCAAACAAUAUGAACUCCUUCACAGUGGCGUUAAAAAGCAUGUCUGCGAUCAGUGUGGGUCAUCCUUCAUCAGUGCACGUCAGCUUGAAAAGCAUAAACGAGUCCACACAUGAGAGAAACCAUACAAGUGCAGACACUGUGACAAAACCUUUUCACAAUCAUGUGAUCAUACUAAGCAUGAACGCAGACACAUGAAAGAGAGCUUCAUCACGGCGCCCCCCGUAUGCGGCAGCCUGUUACAGCAGCUCUGCUCGUUCUGAGUUUCUUUCUUUCUUAUUUUUCUCUUCUUGUAAUUUUUUAUAACUAACGUAUUAGUAAUUAGAUAACUAAUUUCCCACGUGUGGGACUAAUAAAGGUUAUCUUUUCUUAUCUUAUCUUAUCUGUGAAAGAGUUUGAGUAAUCUCAGUUCAUACUCCACUCACAAACGAUUCCAUGUUACAAAUAAACUGUUACGUCUUGAUUCCUGCUUUUACUUUAAUCUUGUAAACAGUACAUUUGCAUAACGACUGAAACCGGCCCAAUGAAUGAACAAUGGGCUUGAGGUCAAUUUCUUCAUCAUUAAUAUGCAAAUUCUUAUGAGCAUUGAUCAACAACCACUGGUCAAUGGCCAUGAGUACCAUUCACAGAGUAAAAAUUUGCAUAAUGAUUAUGAAGUUUACUGUUACCAAUGUUCAAAAACAUUUACUAAAUUAUCUUCUCUGUGCAAACAUCAGCGUGAUGCAGGACUGAAAUCAUUGCCAUCUCUGGAUCACAGUGAAUCUGCAGAGACAGAAAGAUCCUCUUCUGGUUUCAGGGUCAGUCUUAAACCCUUGAGAUCCGGCUCCACAGAGUUCAGGUGGAGUCUUCUGUAAAGAUCUGAUGAGGCAGCUAUGAAUGAAAAUGUGCCUCUUGUUACAUUUUAAGCUUUCUAAACUGUUCUACUGUAGUGUUUGUGUUGAGUGGUUCGCUUUGUUCCAGCAGUUUGAUUAAGAAAUCUGUUUCCUGUUAUAUUUUUAUUGAAUGCAUUGAUCCAUGUGUUCUGCAGUUUUUUUUUUCAGCUUGUUUGUGUAAUGAAAUCCUGCAACAAUUAAACCAAAAUUUUAUAUGUUAAAUAAAGAAAUGGUUUACUGACAAAGAGUUU